CUUCCAUGCACGUGGACUGUUACAAACGCAACACAUCUUGCAAGGCCUUUUCCUGCCAAGACCAGAGUGAUGGAUGCACCUGCAGCGUUGGGUCCUACAACAUUAGCAACAGCUACUAUGAAUAUCCUCCAGAUUUUUGUACCUGCAAGAGCACUGGCCGCAUUUGCAACUGCUUGAAUGAUGUAAAAAUGAAUGGAUCAGGGACCAACAAUUUAGAGGAAAUUGUUGGUUUUCUUGACCUGAUUGCAAAUAACACAGCUCAAUUGACUCCCACCAUGGCGGGAAGCUUUUUGCAGAAGGUUGAUUCUGUUCAGGUGUCGCUUGCUCAGCUUUCCAAUGGAAGCAAUAAAGAAACAUUGGUGUCUUCUGGAAACACUUUACUGAAAACCUAUGAGAACUUGGUGUCUGCACUGGUGGUGCCAACAGAUAAUGUCACCUAUGAAAAUAUUAGUCUCAGCAAUACAGAAGUCAGAGUUCUUGUGGUUGGAAAAAAAGUGAGUGUGGCACAAAUCCCUAUGAUUAUUACAAAAAAUGCUACUAUGGAAAUUGAUCUUUUUGAGAUUGCAAAAGAUGUCAAAAAUAACGGCUCCGCUGCUGUGGCUUUCAUGAGCUACACCACAAUGGAGAGCCUUUUUAGACCUGACUUCUUCAACACAUCAGGUGACACAGUUAAAACCAUGAUGUCCACUGUGAUCUCAGCAACUCUUCCCAAAACUGACAACACAAAUUUCACCAAACCAGUCAACUUCACCCUGAAACACAUCAGAGAGUCUGACCCCAACGGUUCUCUAUUCUGUGUGUACUGGAAUAUCAGAGAGUGGAUUGUAGAUGGUUGUUCUGUUGUAAAGACCAACAGCAGCCACACUGUGUGUUCCUGUGUUCAUCUGUCAACAUUCGCUCUCAUCAUGCAAACCAGCAGACCAUCAGACAUAAGAGAACAGGAAAGUCGACUGAUGGAAAUACUGAAUUUGGUGGCGGUGAUCGUGGGGCUGGUGUUCCUCAGUUUGGCCCUGUUGACUUUCUCUUUUUGUUGGUGGAGUCCUGGAGUGAACAAUGUGGCUCGAAUCAACAUCUGCUUGAGUCUGCUGUUGGCUCAUCUUCUGUUCUUACUCACACAACAGUUCCUGAAAUAUAUACAACCUAACCAGGUGUUGUGUGCAGUGAUAUCAGGCGUUCUGCACUUCCUCUUUCUCUCCUCCUUUGUGUGGAUGUUCAUUGAAGGUGUGCUACUUUUCAUCUGUGUGAAGAACCUAUCACAGAUCAGCUCCAAACAGAGGGAGGUGCUUAGCAGCGGAUUCAUGAUUGUGAUUGGAUAUGUGAUUGCUCUGCUUGUGGUGGGCGUGUCUGUCGGACUGGUUCCUGAGGGUUAUGGCAGUGAAAACUGCUGGAUUAAAAUAGAUGAGAGAGGUUUAAUCUGGAGUUUUCUGGGACCUGUUUGUACCAUACUAGCAUUAAAUAUGAUUCUCUUCAUCAGCAUCAUCGUCAGUCUGAACUCAACUCUCACAAAACUGAACGCUGGAGUUUCACAGAUGAAACAAACCAAGAUUAUGGUAUUUAAAACACUGGCCCAGAUUGUGGUUCUCGGUUGCCCCUGGAUUCUGGGUUUCUUCAUUAAGGGCAAUACGAUUGUGGAGAUUCUCUUCCUGAUCUUGAACUCUCAGCAAGGAACCUUCAUCUUCCUGAUCCACUGUGUCCUCAAUAAUGAGGUCAUACAGCAGUACAGGAUGUGGUUCAGAGCUCUUUCUCCCGGUGUCAAACCCAGCACCAACAAAAGUGUGCCCAAAAAACACUGAGGACUACAGCAUCCAUGUUCAGAAAAUAUGAAGCACUACUGAAGUGACGUUAUUAUACAAGUGAUUUUAUGCUGACAGUAAAACACACAAUAGAAUCAUAGUCUCAGCUGACCAUACUUUUAAUGAAAAGCUAAUUAACUCUCUCAUUUUUUAAGCACACACGAUUUCCUGUUUAGCAUGUUGGUGUUGAUGUUGUUGUUUUUACUUAGAGAAAUCUCACUUGAAUACUUUUUAUUGCUUCAGUUAAUGCUAUAAAUACAAUAUAAAGUUCCUUGUACAUAUUUCAAGAGGAAAGAGUAACUGGUUUAAAAAGUGUCUGAAAUCAUAGUUGCAAACAAAACACAAAUAAAAUAUACAAAUAUAUUAACCUGAAAUAUAUUUAGAAAGCUCCCACUUAAUAACAAUUUCCUUUGU